AAGAAGAAUAAGAAGGUAGGAACCUUUACAGUUGUUCCCACUCGGACUCAUACACGAGUCGGACAGUAUUACAAUCGGCUCCCGUUAUUUUCUUAUAUUAUGCGGCGUGAAAUAACCGGUGAAUGUUCCGCCGGUCGGUGCUUGUUUUGUUAAAUGUUGAGUUUUCUCAGCCGUCGGCUCGGUUUGUGACGCUGAACACAGAGCUAAAGCUAAAGCUAAAGCUAAAGCUGGUUACAGAGUGCUACGUGUACAGUAACCGUUAACCGAAGCAGAGACGUGAAUCCAGAAUUAACCGGUUAGAAACACAGAUUUAUAACUUUAUAGCCUACUGAGCAAAUGUGUACCUGCCGUAAAACCGGACUAACGGAGGGUUUACCCGGAGAAGAGUUAGCAAAGAGUUAGCAUGGAGGGCAGUUUGUGCUGCGGGAUGGACGAGUGAAAAACUCUGAAUAUAACCGGGUUUAAACUCGGUUUGUUUUUCUCCUGCUGCUGAUUUUAUGUUUGUUUAAAGAAGUGAAGUUUCAUCUUUAUAACCGGACUGAAAUCAUUCAGCUGUGAGUCUGUAAAGAUGAUGUAUUCAUCGAGAAGGAAGCCUGUCCUCUACUUUAAAGAGGAGAGAAGCAGGUUCCUGUCGGGGAAAUGUACGAUCUACAAGCUGUUCGGUCUCUGCAUGGUGCUGGUGCUCGUCUCUCUGCUCUGGCUGCAGCUCAGCUGUUCAGGCGAGAUGUCGGCCUCCAUGAACAACGACGGACGCCUCCAGCAGCAGCAGCAGCAGCAGCAGCCGCCGCCGCCGCCCUGCCCGGCUGACAGUCGGGCGUCCGCGGCGGACGACCCCUCCUGGGGUCCUCACAAACUGGCCAUCAUCGUCCCGUUCAGAGAGCGCUUCGAGGAGCUGCUGCAGUUCGUUCCCUUCAUGCACACGUUCCUCAACAAGAAGAAGAUCCGCCACAAGAUCAUGAUCAUCAACCAGGUGGAUCACUACAGAUUCAACCGAGCGUCUCUGAUCAACGUCGGCUACAUGGAGAGCGGUAACGACACCGACUACCUGGCCAUGCACGACGUGGACCUGCUGCCUCUGAACGAAGCUCUGGAUUACGGUUUCCCGGAGGACGGACCUUUCCACGUGGCCUCGCCCGAGCUGCACCCGCUGUAUCACUACAAGACCUACGUAGGAGGAAUCCUGCUGCUCACCAAGAAGCAUUACUACAUGUGUAACGGGAUGUCGAACCGGUUCUGGGGUUGGGGCAGAGAGGACGACGAGUUCUACAGGAGACUGAGAAAAGCUGAACUUCAGCUGUUCAGACCGAGCGGCAUCACUACAGGAUAUAAAACCUUCAUGCACAUCCACGACCCGGCCUGGAGGAAGAGAGACCAGAAGAGAGUCGCAGCGCAGAAACAGGAGCAGUUUAAAGUGGAUCCGGAGGGCGGACUGACGAACCUUCGUUACCUGGUGGAGUCCCGACAGGAGCUGACGAUCAGCGGCGCUCCCUGCACCGUCAUCAACACCAAACUGGAGUGCGACCAGAACCAGACACCCUGGUGUCUUCUGAGUUAGAGGACAGACGCAGGACGGAGAUCUGGCUUCGUUCUCCGAGAGGCUUUAAUGUUUUUUUUGUUUCCGGUUUGUGCAGAGCGACUUUUAUCUUGUUUUUUUUGUUUGUUUUUUUACUGAAAAGCACUGACAGAUCUGCAGCUGCACCGAGCGGAGAUGAAGAAAUCAACUGUUGCUUUACUGGUACAAAUCUUUAGUUUAAUAUCCCCUGAGGAUUAAACAAACUACAUUUCCCUCUUUUCAGGUACAUCGACAAUAAAACUGCUGUUUCACAAGCCAAUAAAACAUCACAGUGGACUAAAACCUUCUAACGACGGUCACUGAACCGUCAGGCUGGUCGGUUCAGUCUCCGACACGUGUUGUUUUCUCACCAACAGCAGAACUGAACUGGAAAAUCCACCUCAGCGGAGCAGACGGAGACGGACUGUUACUCAGCUGUUUUUUUCUGAGCCAAACCAGACCAAGCUGAACUGAACUAAAUAGAGGAGCAUGGCCAAAAUCAGCUGUUAAAUUUUAUGUCAUUAUUAUUUUUUUUUUUUUUUUUUUGGUAUGUGCGGGCAUGGUGUGAAUGCAAACUUAAAAGUCUAUAUUUUAUAUUCUGGGCUUGUGCAAAAGGAGCAGAGAUGGCGGAGGGACGCCGAUGCUAACGAAGCAUGCUUCACCUGAUAUCUCAAACAUCUGCCAAAUACACAUCACACUGUAACACCAGAGAGAGGUUCACUUUCACUUUGAUCCAUGUCGGACAGAAGGAUCACAUCUCAAACUCCUUUUAAAAAAACAAAAAACAAAAAGUAUUUCACAAAACUCUGACUACUAAAGCUUCAAAAAUAUCUCAUGAUGUUUUUAUUUUCCUGCUGACAGUGUUACAGUGAAGACAGUGAGGUCUAAAUCUGAUUUAAACUCUUCUUAAUGUGGCGGGGAAAAGCAGGAAGUGUGCGUUUUAUUUUGUUUUUACAGAAAGUCCCUCUACAAAGUAAACUGAGCCAAACUGAACUGAGCUGAAUCAGAUGAUGAUGAUGAUGCUGAGACGGUCUAGUAAUAUCAGCAUAACUGGUUUCAUAUUUUU